AUGACCAGUUCUGCUACAUUGCUCACAACUACCCGCUACCCGCUCCCAACCCCCAUAUCCACUCUCCCUCUCUCAAACCCCACCCGUUCUUCCACCAUCACCACCCCCUCUUCUUACCCUCCUCCACUCCCUCCCCGUUUCCCCCUUUCCCCUUCCUCUCCCCUCCCCUCAGCCCUCGAAAGCCGCGACUUUUCCCCGCAGCGGGGACAGGACGAGGGAAGGGGAGAGGCGGGGGCUGAGGGGGAGCUCACGCGGGACUCCGCCAGGGGGAGGGCGGGGGAAGAGUGGGGGUUAAGAGAGGAGGGCGGAAGGCGGUGCCGCUCCAGCAGCCCCCCCCGGAACGAUCGGGAGGAAAAUGUGCGCCGGCGGAAAUCCUGGGGGGAUGGGCGGGAAGACUGGGAGGGGGACCGAGGGGGAAGGGGGCGAGGAGACAAUACGGCAUGCGGGAGGGGGGCUGGGGAGCAGGGCGCUGAGGGGUUUGAUGGGAUGGGAGGCGGUGGCGGUGGGAGGGGUGACAGGGGAAGGGUUGAUUAUAGCGGGAGGGGAGGAAUAGGUGAUUAUAUCGAGAGGGACGGAAGAGGUGACAAUCUCGGGAGGGGCGAGGGGCACGGGGGCUGGGGAGGCGGAGGCAGGGGCAUGCCUGGCGGCGUCCGCGGAAAAGGAGGCGCUGCCCACAGAGGCGGGCGCAGCAGCGGGCGCAGCGGCAGCAGCCGAAGCUCCGUCCACAACGCUGGCAGCAGCGGCAGCGGCAGCGGCGGUGGCGGCGCCUUCCCUCGCGAGCCCCAUGAUUCGCGCGAGUUCCAGCAGAGUGCAAUGACGAUUCACAACGUGAUUGAGGGAGAGGCGCACGACGGAGGGAGAGGUGGGGGUCGGUCAAGCGGGCAGGCGCGCGGAAGCGCGCAGCAGCAGGCAGUUGGGGGAGGCGGAGAGCCGCGAGCAGGGGGAAACAGAGAUAGCGGCGGGAUGGGGUUGCACAGGCGCGGAAGCGAGGGGCGGGGGGGAGGCGGGCAGGGGGAACUGUUGGGAGGACUGGGGGGAGAGGUAGAGGCGCGCCGAGUUGCGGGAAACGGCACCUUGGACUGCCCGUGGGGGGAGCGCGAGAAGCGCGAGCGGCGGGACGGGCGGGAUGGGCGCGAGGGGCGUGAGGGGCGGGAGGGGCGGGAGGGCAUGGAGCGGAGGCAGGAUGGCGGGGAGCACGAGGGGACUCUGCGAGAUCGUGCAAGGGGUGAGGGCCUGGAGAGGCAGGGCGAGGGACGGUAUGGGAGGGGCAGGCAAGGCGGAGGUGCGAAAGGGAAUCUGCCCUUUGCUGCUGCUGGUGGUGAUGGUGGCAGUGCCAGGGGCCAGGCCGGAGACGCUGACGCUGCUGCUGCUGAUUUCGCCGCUCUGACCCGGCUGCACGAGCACGGGUUCUAUCAAAGUCCCGAGACGUACUUUAUCGAGGAUGAGGUUCCGCUGGCGCGAGGGGGGGGGACGGGGGAGCAAAGGCUGCGCGGGAGGCAGAGGGAGAGGUGGAGAGGGGGAAGGGGGUUGGGGAGCGGGAGCGGGACGAAGUAUGGCGAUGUAGCUGCGAGGGAGGGCAGGGAGGAGAGGAAAGGGGGGAGGGAAGGGAAAGAGGGGAAAGAGGGCGAGGAAUGGGAAGAGGGGAAAGGGAGAGCGGGCUGGAGUCGUAGGGAUGAUAGGGAGAUGGAACAGGGGAGGAAGGGAUAUGAAGAGGAGUUGUGUGGAGCAGUGGAUGUGAAAGGUUAUGAGAGGAUGCUGAGUGAAGGGAAGGAGCAGAGGGAGCAGAGAGGGGUGAGGCAGCAUGGCAAGAGAGAACAUGACAAGGGGCAUGAUCCAAGGUAUGCGAGGAGGCAUGCAGAGGGGUAUGAGGAGCAGAGGGAUGGUGAGGAGAAGAGGGGGCAGGAGGCGAGGGAGAAUGGCGCGAGGGAGCACGUGAAGAGGGCGAGCGCGAAGAGGGAGGAGGAUGGUGAACGCAUGAGACAGAACGGGCAUGGGGAGCGUGGGAACAGGUUAACUGAGAGCGCUGCUGCAGCUGCGGCUCCUUCUGCUGGUAGUGGUGCGGAAUCGACGAGUCUACAGGCAAGCAGAGCAACACCAACACGCUCUGGUGAGCCUGCUGAUCGCAACAAGUCAGGACCAAGCCCAGACGUCAAUGCCAAUGCCAACGGUAACGUUAACGUCAGCGUUAACAGGGCCUCAGCUCCUGUUCCUCAGGCUGCUGCUGCUGCUGCCGCCGUUAAAGCUCCUCACGAGCAGCUGUCAGCAGCGGCAGUGCGUGCAGCAGCCAGUGCGCUCGAGGCAGUGCAGCGGGCUCAGGCUGUGCUGCGACGGGACAUUCAGGAACGCACUGCUGCUCAGGCUGCUGUUGCUGCUUCUUCUUCUGCUGCUCGUGCCGUUCCCGUUGCUCCUGCUACUGCUGCUCCUGCUCCUGCUGCUGCUGCUGCUGCUGCUGCUGCUGCUGCUGCUGCUGCUGCUGCUGCUGCUGCUGCUGCUGCUGCUGCUGCUGCUGCUGCUGCUGCUGCUGCUGCUGCUGCUGCUGCUGCUGCUGCUGCUGCUGCUGCUGCUGCUGCUGCUACUGCUGCUGCACCUGCACCGCAGCAAGAUGCAGCGGGGAAGGUGAGCCUGGGUGAGGAUAAGUCAGGGAGAGAAUUGGAGAGGGGUGAGACGAUGAUGGCUCAUGAUGCAGGUGCAGCAACUUCUUUUGAGGCGCCUCGUAAAACGUCGUCCGAGGCGCCUCUUAAGUUAGAGAGACAAAUGGAGAGGAGUGAGACGGUGAUGGUUCACCGUGCAGGUGCAGCGACUUGUUUUGAGGCGCCUCAUAAGACUACCUUUGACGCGCCUCAUAAGACUACCUUUGACGCGCCUCAUAAGACUACCUUUGACGCGCCUCAUAAGUCCGAGAAGUUAGAGAGGCAAACGAAGACGGGUGCGAUGGUGAUGGUUCACCAUGCAGGUGCAGCGGCGGUGGAAGUGCGGCGAGGAGAGGAGAGUUUGCGAGAUAGGGGGGACGAGGAGGAGGUGAGGGGAGAGUUGGGGUUGGAAGAGGGAGGGCAGAAGCAGAGGAGGACGAGAGAGGGGCGUUCGGGGCGCAAGGGAAGUGGGGAUGAUGGAAAGAGGAAGGUGGACGUGGGAGGUGGUUGGGAGGACGGGGGGGAAGCGGUGGAGGGCGAGAAGAAGUUGGGUAAGCAGGUGGGAAGCAGGAGAGGCGAGGCGGAAGAAAGGGUGACGCAGGACGACGACGAGCAGUGCUUGAGUCUGCAGCAGGAGAAGAAGGAUAAGAAUGAGAAGAGGAAAGAGAGGAGGGAAAAGGAGCCGAGGAAACUUAGCAGUGAGGAAAUGGGCCAACGAGAGGUGGAAGGGGAGGGAGAGGGAGUGCAGAAGGGUUUGGAUGUGGAAAGAGGAGGUGCUGGGCGGUGGGAGGAGAGGGUGGUUGGGGAAGGGAGUGAGAAGGUAGGGAAUGAGGUGGAGGGGAAGGAGGAAGAGGGGGAGGGGGAGGAGGAGGAGGAGGAGGAGGAGGAGGAGGAGGAGGAGGAGGAGGAGGAGGAGGAGGAGGAGGAGGAGGAGGAGGAGGAGGAGGAGGAGGAGGAGGAGGAGGAGGAGGAGGAGGAGGAGGACGAGGACGAGGAGGAGGGUGAAGGGGAACAGGUGGAAGGAAAGGUGGAAGGAAAGGUGGAAGGAAAGGUGGAAGGAAAGGUGGAAGGAAAGGUGGAAGGAAAGGUGGAAGGAAAGGUGGAAGGGAAGGGGGAAGGAAAGGUGGAAGGAAAGGUGGAAGGGAAGGGGGAAGGAGGGAAGGAUGGAAGUGAGAGGCACGUGAAGAGUACGGUAGGGAAGGGCGAGGCGCAGGUGGAUACGGAGGAAGAGAGUGGUGCUGAUGGUGUCUUGGUCGAGGAAGACAAGAAGGGGAAGAAGGAGGACGUAGUAAGUGUGACUGCGGAUGGAUUGAGAGAGGAGAAGGGUGAGCAGAAUGAGGAAAGGAGUGCGAAGGAGAAGAGGGAGGAGAGGAUGAGGAGGAAGAAGGAGAAGUCGAGGAAGUGGUGGGAGAAGCUGAAGGAGAAGAAGAAGGAGAAGAAGAAGAAGAAGGAGAAGGAGAAGAAGGAGAAGAAGAAGGAGAAGAAGAAGGAGAAGAGGAAGGAGAAGAGGAAGGAGAAGAGGAAGGAGAAGAAGGAGAAGGAGAAGGAGGAGAAGGAGAAUAAGGAGAAGGAAAGAGCGGCAGCAGUUGAGGGGGGUGGAAGUGAUGCUUGUGUUCCUCCUGCUGAUGCCGCGGCUGCGGCGGCUGCAGAUUCUGAACGGGACGGUGGGGAGAGCAACGGUGUGAGGAGCAGCGGUGUUGAUGCUGCUGGUAGUCGUGGAAAUUGUGGUGGCGGUGGCGGUGGCGGUGGCGGUGGCGGUGGCGGUGGCGGUGGCGGUGGCGGUGGUGGUGGCGGCGGUGCCGGUGGUGGUGGUGGUGGUGGUGGUGGUGGUGGUGGUGGUGGUGGUGGUGGUGGUGGUGGUGGUGGUGGUGGUGGUGGUGGUGGUGGUGGUGGUGGUGGUGGUGGUGGUGGUGGUGGUGGUGGUGGUGGUGGUGGUGGUGGUGGUGGUGGUGGUGGUGGUGGUGGUGGUGGUGGUGGUGGUGGUGGUGGUGGUGGUGGUGGUGGUGGUGGUGGUGGUGGUGGUGGUGGUGGUGGUGGUGGUGGUGGUGGUGGUGGUGGUGGUGGUGGUGGUGGUGGUGGUGGUGGUGGUGGUGGUGGUGGUGGUGGUGAUGGGGGUUCGAUGGAUGCUGCGGCAGCGGCUGGUGAUGGUGAGGAGAAGUUGGCAAGGAAAAGGAAAAGCAGGAGGGAGAGGUGGAAAAGGGAGAGUAAGCGAAGGCGACAAGAGGCCGAGAGGGCAGAGGUUGCAGCAAGAGCGGCAGCUGAUGCAGAAAAGGAGGGAGAGAUUCUGUUGAACGUGGUUGGAGCAGUAGCGGGAGUGAAGGGGAUGGUAGAGGAGGAGGGAGAGGAAGAAGCAGCGGCAAGAAAGGCUCUUGAUGAUGCUGCGUGGAGAGCGAUCACGGAGGAGCGUAUGUCUGCCUUGAGAGAGAUCAACAAGUCCAUGGAGUCCUUGAAGUCCAUGGAGUCCAUGAAGUCUAUUUCUGAGGAGCCUAAAAAAUCUGCCUUGAAGUCCUUGAGAGAGAUGAAGAAGUCGAUGGAGUCUAUUUCACUCGGAGCGUUGGAGGUUGGGGCGAUGGCAGAGAAGAGACGGGAGGGUGUCCCGGGAGAAGGAGGGGCACGUGCGUGGAGGUGGAUGGAGAAAUUGAGGAGGCGGCGAAAGCUGUGGAAGAGUGUAUUAGGGAGGGGUGCGGAUGGGAAGACGGAGGGCCGUCGGGGAGAAGGAAGUGGGAAGAAGCGGAUUGGUGUUGAGACGGUGGAAGGGGGAGGGGUGAUUGGCCGUUUUGGGAGGGGAAGGGAGGACGAUGGGGACGGUGAGGAAGGGGAGGUGAAGGAGGAGGGGGAGGAGGUUGAGGGGGAGGAGGAGGGGGAGGAGGUUGAGGGGGAGGAUGAGGAUGAGCAUAAACAAGUGCAUGGAGAGAUGGAAGAGGGGGAAGAAGCAGAAGAGCGGGAAGAGGAGAAAGGGGAUGAAGAGGAGGAAGGAGGGGAGGAGAAGGAAGAGGGGGAAGAGAAGAAAGCGGAAGAAAUGGAGGAAAGGGAUGAGAAGGAGGGCGAGGGUGAAGGGAGUGAGCAACAUGGGGACACACAUGUGCGAGUGACUCUAGGUGAGAGUGUGGGGGAGGAGGAGUGUGAGGACAGUGAUGGAAGUAAGGAGGAGGGGGACGAGGAGGAGGAAGAGGAGGAAGAGGAGGAGAUGGAAGCAGGGACGAAGGAGACUAGCCAGGAGGAUGAGGAGAGCAAGGAGGAGAAGAGUGAGGAAGAGAGCGGUGAGGAGUUGGAGGGGAGAACUGCACGUGGUGGGCCUGUAAGAAACGAAGUUGCAGCAGCAGCAGCAGCAGCAGGGGAAAGGGGAGAAGGAGGAGUAGCAGCAGCAGGAGUAGGGGGAAGGGGAGAAGGAGGUGCAGCAGCAGCAGCAGCAGCAGCAGCAGCAGCAGCAGCAGGCAGCGAGCAGAGUCUUGCAAUGACAGGUGUGCCGCACACCACCAUGGUUUCAGACCCGGCACUCUCCUCGGCUGCUGCUCCUCCCCUGCCCCCCCGCAAGCUCAUCCCUGUGCGCAUCCGCUCUCCCCUGCCGGACCUGAGUGAGCGAUUGGCCUACCCUGUCCGGCCACUGCCGAGAACAGCGCAGCGGCAGCAGUACACACUGCGAGCCGGUGGCCGGGGCGUGGAGGAGGGGAAGGUGAACCGUGCGGAUAUGUGGAGCAGUGCGCGGCAGGACCCGCAGGUGGUGCUGUGGAUGAAAGAGCGUGCAAGCGUGUGUGGGUUGGGGCACGUGCCGGGGUUGUUUGUGGGGAUGCGGUUCGCGUGGCGGGAGGAGAUGCAGGUGCUAGGGGUGAAUGGCAAGAUCACUGGCCUGGUGGACUGGAUCCUGGCGAAGAGCUGGGCUAUGGGGGGCAGUGGGGGGAUAGGAAGGGGAGGGGGAGGGGAAGAUGGAAGGAGAGUAGUGAAAAGGGGAGUGCGCGGGGGAGGAGGUAAGGCUGUGAAAGGAGGAGUGCCUGUGGCAACGUGCAUUGUGUAUAAGGUGGAGGGUGCUAGUGGUGAUGGUCUUUGUGGUGGUGGUGGUGGUGGUGGUGAUGAGGUCUCUUGGGGCUUGCAGGGAUGGGGUAAGAGAUCAACAGGGCAGCAGCAACGAAAGCAGCAGCAGGAGCGGCAACUGAAGCAGCAGCAGCAGCCGCAACGGAGCACGAGUAAGAAGAUCAAGACAAGGAAACGCAAGUCACGAGAGGAAGAUGAGGGCGGGGGGGACGCAAGCGAGGAAGCAGAGGAGGAUGAGACGGAUUCGGAGGACGUGGAACGGGCUAGUAAUGGAGAUAGUGGGAGAGGGGAGGGGAAUGAGGCUGCUGCUGCUGCGUAUGAUGCCAUGUGGUUCAAGCAUCCGGGGGCUGGCAGUGGCAGUGACAGGACACGUGAGAACCGGCUGAACCUCAAGUAUAACACGAGUCUGCUGCACAGUGCCAUUGCAGGACUGCCUGUGCGCGUGGUUCUGGAGGGGGAGUGGCAGGGGCGAUCUGCGGACGCUCAGCACCACCAUGUACCAGGCUGCAGUUCCAGACAGCUGCAGCAGCUGCAGCAGCAGUGGCAGCAAGAGAAGCAGCAAUGGCAUCUGCGCAACACAAGAGCCCGAAGGAGCCGAGGAAGCGGCACUGCCGUGGCGUCUAGUGCAGUGGAGAAAGCAGAGAAGGCAGAUACAGUGAAGUGUAGCUUCAUGUAUGCGGGGCUGUACCAUGUGGGGCGAGUGGAGGCGGGCAAAGAUGACACGGGUAAGCCGGAGAUCCGAUACCUGCUGCUGCGGCUGCCUGGUCAGGUAGGUGGUGCUGAUAGUGACGAGGAUGAGGAGGAGGAAGAGGAAGAGGAGGAGGAAGAGGAGGAGGAAGAGGAGGAGGUGAGAGGUGAAGAGCAGGGGGAUAGUGAAGGAGUGGAGGAUGAGGAUGAAGACACUGACAGUGGGAGUGAUGAUCAAAUCCAAAUGGUGCAGAGGGGAAAGAAGCGAGAAUCGACAGGUGGCGACAAUGCGAGCAGCAAUGUGGUGUGGGUGGCAGAGGACGAGCAGGUGGAAAAGGAGGAGGAUAGGUCGUGGAUGGUGGUGGGGUGCGAUGGGCGGGUGCACUGCGCUGUGAGCCGGCAGGUGGUGGCUAUGAUGCGGGAGAGCAAGGAGGGCAGCGAUCUGCUUGCCAUGGCCGGUGAGCAGCUAAGCGUGGACGUGCGCGAUGGGAUGGCGAGGAGAGGAGGGACGGGGAGGAGGAGAGGAGGGAAGGGGGUGAGAAGAGGGAAAGGUGGAAGAGGAGGGAAACGGGGAAGAGGGGAGGCUGAGGAGGGAGGAGGGAACGGUAGUGAGGGAGAGUAUCGUGCGAGGAGGGGAGGAGUUGGAAGGAUUGGCAGUGGAAGGCGGGAGGGGGUUGUUGGACACGGGAGGGAGGGGGUGCAAGAGGAGGGAGGAGCGGGGGAGAUGGGAGUUAGUGGCGGUGAUUGGGAUAGUGUAGUUGGGGGCUUUGACACGGGUGGGGGGAGUGGAGUGGGUGGUGGUAGUGGGAUUUGGGCAGGAGAUGAGUCAGGGGGAGGGGCGUUGGGAGAAGAUGGGAUGAUGGGUGACAUGCAUGGGCGGGGAGUGCAGGGAGAGAAUGGAGAAAAGAGCUAUGAGAGAGCAGAGGGAUUGGAGAAUAAGGAGUUAGACGGAGCAGAGGGCGACGAGGAAGUUAAGAAAACUGAUCAACUGGAAGAUGAUGGGGAGGAAGAAGGCAGCAGUGACUGCAAUGGGGAAAGCAGUGCGAGUGAGAGUGAGAGUGAGGAUGAGUUUAUGGGGACAACUAGGAGAGAAAACGGGCCGUCCAACGCUGGUAGCAUUGUUGUUUCGGGACUAGCUUUUCCUGAUGAGGAAGAGGAGGAGGAGGACGAGGAAGAGGAGGAAGAGAAGGAAGAGGAGGACGAGAAAGAGGAGGAAGAGGAGGAGGAAGAGGAGGAAGAGGAGGAGGAAGAGGAGGGGGAAGAGGAGGAAGAGGAGGAGGAAGAGGAGGAAGAGGAAGAGGAAGAGAAGGAAGGUGGCUUAGCUCGUAAGGUACUGAACGUAGUCCGGAUUGGGCAGAGCAAGGAAAAGAAGCAGAGAAAGAAGGUGAGAAGUAAGGAGGAGGAGGGGGAAGAGGAGGAGGAGGAGAAAGAGGAGGAGGAGGAGGAGGAGGAGGAGGAGGAGGAGGAGGAGGAGGAGGAGGAGGAGGAGGAGGAGGAGGAGGAGGAGAAGGAAAAGGAGGAAGAGGAGGAGGAAGAGAAGGAGGAAGAGGAGAAGGAGGAGGUUCAAGUUUGUACGGAAACAAGGCGCAGGAAGAAGGAGGAGGAGGAGGAGGAGGAGGAGGAGGAGGAGGAGGAGGAGGAGGAGGAGGAGGAGGAGGAGGAGGAGGAGGAGGAGGAGGAGGAGGAGGAGGAGGAGGAGGAGGAGGAGGGGAGGGCGGAGGAGGAAGAGGGGGAGGAUAAUGGGGAGGAGGACCAAGAGGAAGAGGCAGAGGUAGAGGCAGAGGAAGAGGCAGAGGCAGAGGCAGAGGCAGAGGCAGAGGUGGUUAAGUCACGUUCAAAGAGUAAGAAGGGUCGCAAGAAACAAGAAGGUAGCAGUGAAGAGGAGGAAAAUGUGCAGGGGAAGAAAAAGGAGCAGAGAAAUAAGGUACGGAGAAAGGAGGGGGAGGAAGAGGAAGAGGAGGAGGAGGAAGAGGAGGAAAAGCAGGAAGAGGAAGAAACUGGGAAUCAGAAGAUCAGGAAUGAUGAGGUGCGGCGGAGUGACGAGGGGUUGGAGGAGGCACGGUCCAAGAAAAAGGAGGCGAAGAGGAAGAGGAGAGGAAAGGACAGAAAGAAGGGGGUGGUACGGGCAGGAGAGGGGGUUGUUGAGCGUGGGGAGGAGAAUGCUGUAGGAGGAAAGGGACAUAUGGAGGUGGUGGUUGGGAAGAAAGAUAAGAAGGGCUUGAGUGCGGAAGGAGUGUCUGGUGAUGCUGCUGUGAAGCAGAUUAGAGGGGGAGAGGGACCGGUGGAGGGGGAAAAGAGAAGGAAGAGAAGGAAGAGAAGGAAGGGGAAAGAGCGAAUGGAUGAGGGUGCAGAUAAUGAGGGAGUUGUUAGGGUUGGUGGUAGCAGUGACCUGCAGGAUGGCGCGAUGGUGAGAGAUGCGGGUACAGGGAAGGAGAGAAGAGGGCAAGUGUUGGGGGAGUGUGAUGGGAGAAGAGAAGGCAGUGGGGGUGGAGGAGAGGAGCGGAUGGAUGUUGAAAGGGAGGGGCUUCAGGAGGGGGAGGGCGAGGCGAUGAAAGCAAAGGUGUCAAGGAGACAGGAGCGGAGAAGAAGGAGAAGGGAAAGGAAGGGAGGAGUGACAGGAGAGCAGGCGGGUGUCUUGGGUAGUGGUUGUGCAAAGGGUGAAGGGGAGAAGGCAAAAAGGGUGAAGGUUGGGAAAGUGGAUGUGAAUGUAGAAGAAGGGAUGACGGAAAGCAGGAGCGGAGGGCGAUGCACAGAAGGGCAAGAGGGGAAGGAAGGCGGAGAGGGGAUGGGAAUGAAGGCGCCUAUUGAUCGUGGAGUAAAUGAUAGCGAGGGGGGUGGAGGGGAGAAUGAGGAGGGAAGGGGGUUGCAGCUUCCAUUCCAAUCGUUUCAUCACACUGCCACUCUUCCUCCCCACACCACCCCUCACCAUGGGCAUGCGUCACUUGCCGCGGGGCACAUGAGCCGCUUGGGUCCAUGUGAGAGUUUCUCUGGUAUGGCUCCUGGUAUGGCUCUUGGGAUCCCUGUUCAAGCUGCCAUGGCUGCUGCUGUCAACAGUCAUCCCGGUGCUGAGAGGUUUCUUGUGCCUUCGCCUGUCAGCCAGGAGUUCCCACCUGUUCCAUCUCAUAUGCAUGCUGAUUAUCCUGGACCAGGAGAAUUUUCUGCUCAUGGGCGGCAGUCACUGGGUGCAAGGGACAGAGGACGCAACAACCUACAACACAACUUGCCGCCUCCUCACUAUGACCCAAUGGCCAUACGUGGGGGAGCCGCGGCAGCCGUUUCGCCGUUGGCGAAGUACAAGCUAGUGUUCCUUGGAGAUCAGUCCGUUGGGAAAACAAGCAUCAUUACACGUUUUAUGUACGACAAGUUCGAUAACACGUAUCAGGCCACUAUUGGAAUCGACUUCUUGUCCAAGACGAUGUACCUUGAAGACCGGACGGUGCGGUUGCAGCUAUGGGAUACAGCGGGGCAAGAAAGGUUUCGCAGUCUAAUUCCCAGCUACAUUCGCGAUUCUUCUGUCGCUGUUGUCGUCUAUGAUGUGACAAACCGCGCUUCAUUCCUGAACACAGCUCGGUGGGUGGAAGAGGUUCGCACAGAGCGGGGUAGUGACGUCAUUAUCAUGCUGGUUGGGAAUAAGACAGAUCUUGUUGAUAAGAGACAAGUGUCUAUUGAGGAGGGAGAAGCCAAGGCGCGUGAUUUGAAUGUCAUGUUCAUUGAGACCAGUGCAAAGGCGGGCUUUAACAUCAAGGCUCUGUUUCGUAAGAUUGCAGCUGCUUUGCCAGGCAUGGAGGCACUGUCAGCCACAAAGCAGCAGGAGGACUUGGUGGAUGUCAAGCUCACGUCAGCCUCGAGUCAGAGCGCAGCAGACAAGGUGGCUGCGGCCACGAUCGGCUCUGCUCGGCUGCUGGUGAUCGGCAUGUCUGCUGUCAUGGCAGAGACGUGCAAGAACUUGGUUCUGGCCGGCGUGGGCUCACUCACUCUCCUGGACCCUGGUCUGCCCCCCACACAAGCCGAAAUGGACGGUAACUUCCUCCUCCGCUUCUCCUCAGCUUCUCCCCCAGCAGCAGCAGCUGUGGCAGCAGGAGAAGAAGCGUCAGCGGCAGGAUCAGGGGCAAUAGCAGGGGGAGGAGGAGAAGGAGGCGAUGCGGAGGGGACAGAGAGGGAUGGGAUGUCAGUGGCGCAGGCAUGUGCAAAAGCUCUGCAGGAGUUCAACCCGUUUGUGACGGUUAAAACAGUUCCUGGGAGUUUGGAGGCCAUGGCAGCAUCAUCCCUGCCAUCGCUAGGCCUACCCAUGGAUGACAUAGACGCGGUCCUCCUCACAUCAUGCAACCAGCAUAUGCAGGAGCGCAUCGACGCAGCGUGCAGAGCAAGGCAGCCGGCGCCAGCGGCCCUGUUCUACAUGGCAGUGCGGGGCCCGUGUGGCCGCAUCAUCGCCGACCUCUCUGAACACGACUGCAUGUACCAGAAGCAGGAUGAGCACGUUGCACUGCACAUCUCAUAUCCAUCACUCAAGGAGGUGGUUUCAACUCCGUGGUCGAAGCUUCCCAAGCACACCCCACCAUCUCACUUCGCGUUUCAAGCCAUGGAGGACUAUGACGCGCGGGAGAAGCGCGCAGCAGGCCAGGCAUACGACGAGGCGAGUGUGGAGGGGGUGCUGGCGCUCGCACACGACAAGGGCCAAGGCUCACCC